ACUUAGUCUACUAAGAGUUUCGAUCUGUGUAGGUUUUUUUUUUUAAAUUACACCGUCACGAAUUCAUUCAGUUGAACCGCCGUCUCUUGUCGAUGGGAUAUCCAGGCCAUUUCAUAUUCUCAGCUCAAAAACAUUUACGACGAGCCAACGGUUACUCAUUUUUUUCUUUUACCUGUGGAAUCGAAAUUUGAUAAUGAAAGUUCCUACAGUGCCAAACAAGACUUUUUAACAAUGCAAAGAAUGCACUAAAAUCAAUUCAUAAAAUCCUCUGAAAUUUUUUCGACAUGAGUAUGGCCUUAAUAAACAGGCGAAGGCCUGGGCUUAAUCUACUGCCCGGUUUGAUUAUGUUAAAGGAGUAUUUGGCUGGAGAGGGUUUAAGGUUAAUGGGUUUUAGAGGCGUAGGAUAUAAGCCUGCAUUUUUCCACUUACCAAUGUGUAAUUCAGGUCACAGGUAUCAAAAUGGGGCGCAGAUAAAGGAUUUAGGGUUGAUGUGCAGGGGAAAUGUGGAGCCUGUAGUGGCAUUCAGACAUAGCUACUCUUCAUCUCCUGCAGAUUGCAGAGAAGGAAAGAGUGACAGAUUGACAGCAGAAGAUAUUGCUGCUCGUGGGUGGGCAGUACUUGAUGAAAGCGAGAGCGAUUGGAGAAGCCAUGCUGCUGUUGUAGCUCAAUCCAUACAGCUGGUGAAAAAACGCCUGCAGUGGAAGAAGGUUCUGUUCAGGCUGGAGCAGUUAAACAUUGAACUUAAUCGGCCAGACUUAUGGGAUGACCCAAUUAAAGCUGGUCGACUUAGUCGUGAGCAUGGAUCUUUAGCUGGAAAAGUGAAAGCCGUCCAGGAUAUGGAAGCAGAACUCAUUGACCAUAUUGAUUUGUUGGAGCUUGCACAUGAGGAAAAUGACAUAGAACUGCAAGCGGAAACCACAAAAGCUCUGCUAAACAUGCGCAAGAUUGCAAAGGAAAAGGAGAUUGCGGCUUUGCUUUCUGGAGAGCACGAUUCAUGUUCUUGCUAUAUAGAGGUUCAACCUGGAGCUGGUGGAACAGAGAGCAUGGACUGGGCAGCUAUGGUCUUGCGUAUGUACAAAAUGUGGGCUCAACGCCAUGAUUUUAGAGUCACAGUAGUUGAGGAGGUGCCUGGAGAAGUGGCAGGGAUCAAGCGAGCAACGAUGAGAUUGGAUGGAGAUUUUGCAUUUGGAUAUGCAAAGGCAGAAGUUGGUGUCCACAGAUUAGUGCGGAUCUCUCCAUUUGACAGCGCAAAGCGGCGGCAUACUUCAUUUGCUGCUGUAGCUGUGAUUCCUAUCCUAAAUGAUGCUUCUUCUGGGUUCCAGAUUAAUGAGUCUGAUCUUCGUGUUGAAAGGUUCCGAUCUGGGGGUCCAGGUGGUCAGCAUGCUAACACAACAGAUAGUGCUGUCCGCAUUGUUCAUAUUCCAACAGGAAUCACAGCUACAUGUCAAAAUGAAAGGUCUCAACAUCGGAAUAAAGAAAUGGCAAUGGCAGUGCUGCAAUCACGACUUGAUCAGCUAGAGAUGGCUCGACAAGCACAAUCCAAUGCUCAGCAUACACAAUCACUAUCAGAAAUCACAUGGGGAAAUCAGAUACGUUCUUAUGUCCUCCAUCCAUAUCGUAUGGUUAAGGAUUUGCGAACAAACUAUGAAGUUUCAGAUCCUGAUGUAGUUCUUGAAGGAGAGCUUGAUGGUUUUAUUUUCAGUUUUUUGGCCAGUUCAGUUGAUAAAGAUGUGGAGAGAUGAAUGGGCAUGUAACAUUGUCCUUGGCAUUUUCCUGAUGCUUUUAAUUUGAGUGCAUCUCGAUGGCCCUUUUUAAAUUACGGUUGCCCUGUAUAUCACUCGUGUACAUUUUUCUAAACAGACAAAUUGUCUAAGAAAUUGAUAGCUUCAGAAUUCAUGAUCUAGAUUCUUUAAGUACUUCUUUAUAGGAUAUCCAUUCAAGAUGCUUAGCAUGCUUGACAUUUCCAAUGACCAACUUUUGUGCUACGCCAUCAACAACAAUGUUAUGUAGACAACUGUAUGAGAUUUGUUUGACUAGUACAUCUCAGUUGUUUGUGCAUUAAAAUCCAUUGGUGGAUUAGGGUAGUCAAAUGGCAAAUUGUUUUCCAUUUUUAUGACCUAUGAAACAAUUGAUAACGAGUCAGUCAGUGUAGAACUGGGGUGAGUUGCUACAAAUUGACAGGUAUCCAGUGUAAGUGUCCUGCACCUUCAAAAUCUUCUCGAACAUAAAAUUUGAAUCUAUCUUUAAUUUUCAGUUAUCUGUGAAUGUUUGAUGAAGUGGGAAAUAUCAAUUUUAUCAUUGUAAUCAGUUGUUGAGAGGCAUUAAUCAACCUUCUCAAUCCUCAAAUUUUGGAGGAACAAUAUAUCAACCAAUGAUU